AAAAGAAGAGGAAAGUAAUAAAGAAGUAGAGAGAGAGAGAGAGAGGGAGGAUGAGGGGAGGGGAGGAGAGAUCGACGACAGGGAUUCGAAAGAAGGGAAGCGGAGUGAGGCAAUGGCUGGUACUGGACGGCAAAGGAGAGACGGAGGUGGUGGAGGCCGGGAAGCACGCCAUCAUGAGGCGGACGGGACUCCCCGCGCGAGACCUGCGUAUAUUGGACCCUCUCUUGUCCUACCCCUCCACCCUUCUUGGCCGUGAGAGGGCCAUCGUUAUCAACUUGGAGCACAUCAAGGCCAUCAUCACCGCCCAAGAGCUCCUCCUCCUCAACUCUCGCGACCCCUCCGUCACCCCCUUCCUUCAUGAGCUCCAGGCAAGGAUCAUCCGCCACCACAACCAGGCUGAUGCUGACCCCAACCCCAACCCCAACGACGCCAUCAAGAUUCUUCCCUUCGAGUUCGUUUCCCUCGAGGCCUGUCUGGAGGCUGCUUGUAGCGUCUUGGAAAACGAGGCUAAAACCUUGGAGCAGGAGGCUCAUCCCGCCUUGGACAAGCUCACCUCCAAGAUCAGUACUCUCAAUUUGGAACGCGUUCGUCAAAUUAAGAGCCGAUUAGUCGCCAUCACCGGUCGUGUUCAGAAGGUCAGGGAUGAAUUGGAGCACCUGCUCGAUGACGACGAAGAUAUGGCUGAGAUGUAUCUCUCUGAAAAGCUAGCCGAACAACAGGUCUUGGAUGGCGACGUCGUCGUCGUCGACGACGACGAUGACGACGACGAUACCUCUUCUGCCGACAACGGCGAUCUUCUUCAACCUCACAGGACCGCUCCUGAAUUAUCGUUCGACAAUGUUCUCGGUAGGGACAGCGCCUCCUUCAGUGCCGUCACCAAGCAACUUGAUGUCGAGGAGCUUGAGAUGCUCUUGGAGGCUUACUUUGUCCAGAUUGAUGGCACCUUGAACAAGCUCUCUACGCUGAGGGAGUACGUUGAUGACACAGAGGAUUACAUCAACAUCAUGCUGGAUGACAAACAGAACCAUCUCCUCCAAAUGGGAGUCAUGUUGACCACAGCAACUCUGGUAGUGAGCGCCUUUGUUGUUGUGGCGGGUAUUUUUGGCAUGAAUAUUCACAUUGAGCUAUUUGAUGACCAGAAAGCGGGGAUGACGCAAUUCCUCUGGACUGUUGGUGGUAGCACUGCAGGGACCAUAUUCUUGUAUGUGGUUGCCAUUGCCUGGUGUAAGCACAAACGCUUGCUAGAGUAACCAGGCAUCAAAUAGUGUUUCAUAAACAAAUGUAAUUUAAUUUGGAAAUCACUUUUUAUUCAUAUGCUAUAAAUUUUAAUAGCAGACCAUUACAAUAUUCCGUGGAUAGAAACAUAAAUCUUAUGUACACUUGUCGUCUUUCCAAUAACAGUUUUGUUAUUUGGACAAAAAAAUCCAUAGUAUUCAGAAACUUCUCUCAUUUAUUUUUUUA